AGCAGUUCUACGACUGGACAACACAUCACUAUGAGGUUACAAGGCUUGCUAUCGCAGGCAUUCCUGCUGGUGUCAGCUCUAACGUCGACCUCCGUAGCCGCCUCCUGGACUUUUACUGAUGGCUCGGUGAACGUUGUAGCCAAGGGCGCAGGCGUCGGAGGUGGCCUCAAGGAGCAGCUUCUCCCCUCCAAAGCACUCUCGAAGCCGGUGACAAUUGGCGCCGCCGAUACUCUCAAAGUCACCUUAACCGUACAAGACGGCAAGACCGCCAAACGUCCACACCAAGCGUUCCUCCUGCUUCAAGACUCCUCGAAGAAACUAGACAUCUCAUACCCGUUCAGCGUCAAAGAGUCGGGAAAAGCAAAGGUCGAGCUGACACACAAGGACCUUCCAGCACAAUUUCUCCGGUCCUCCUCACCUCUAUCUGCGAGCAUCGUCAUUGCCUCCUUUGGCUCCUCAGCAGGGUACAACAGCGAAGCGUUUCCUUUGACUAUUGAACUGGACCCAAACAUCCCUAUUCCAGUAGCAGAGAAACCCGUACGAUAUGGAAAACUGCCCGAAAUUCACCACAUUUUCCGGUCGGACCCAAAGAGCCCAAAUAUUACAAUCAGCAGCUUCUUUCUGCUGGCAGUUGUGGCGACCUUCUCGCCUUUAUUCGGAGCUUGGGCAUAUCUAGGCGGCAACAUCAAUCACAUUUCAAAAGCCAUGUCCGACGCUCCUCUCUCGCACGCGCUGUUCGUCGGCUCUAUUAUUGGCAUCGAAGGCGUUUUCUUCCUCUACUAUACUGUGUGGAACCUUUUUCAAACAUUACCUGUCCUGGCUGCUCUUGGGGUGGUGGCAUUUUUGUUCGGGAGCAGAGCGCUUACCGAGGUGCAAGGACGUCGUUUGGCCGGUCUGCGUUGAGAUUACAAAAAGAAACGCAAUUAUGGGUACCAUCUUGUACAACAACAAGCUGCCGGGAAGGCGUGCUUGCCUCGAAAGUAUAGGUAUGAUGGAUUUGAAUUGAAGUAUAACGAACGACAGCGGUGACUACUUUACAUGUCUCAAGAGCUGUUAAACUACAAGUGAUCCUUCUAUCAAUCGACAACUCCCCGAUUGACCUGAAAUCAGGAAGAUAUUGCAAGAAAAUUCCAACCCCAGGAUCUAUAAUA